AUGGUGACUGUGUCCCGAGAUGGAGACUAUCUUGUGCACGUUUAUGGCAAGGAGCUUUCGGUACACUCCGCUAUCCCUGUAGAGGGAUCACGUUUCCUCCAAUCUACCAAACUUGCAGAGCCUCUCGUUUCCCAACUCAAAUUCGUCAAAGUCUCUCCACUGAAUAUAUCGGGGGAUGACGCCGGGGCUCGGGCAUAUGCAGAACAUGAGGAAGAGCUUCUCAACCUUGUUCCCGAUCAACGCAUCUUGUGUGCCACCAGCAACCAGAUAUCGAUCUGGCAAAUCAAUUCUCUGGAAUGGCAUGCCGAUAUCGAGAACAUUGAACCCAGCGUCGCUGCUGUUGAUUUUGGCGCUAGGGAUAAUGAGGCCAUUCUGUUCCAUGCAUGGAGUUCUAAGGUGACCAUCUUCAAUCUGGACUCAGCAUCGAGCUUGGUGAUCAAGUCACCCAAAUUUUGCAAUCCCAGCAACCAGGGGCAUGGUUAUCGACCGCGAACGAAACAACUGGCCAUAAUCUUAAAGCCAGAAGCUAGUGACUUGUUGACAAUCCAUGAAGCUUAUUCAUAUCAGGUGGUCUCCAAGGUUGUUCUGCCUACAGUGGAUGCACAAGGGCUCAAAUGGAGUCCCGAUGGCAGGUGGAUUGUUAUUUGGGAUGCUGCCAGCAACGGCACAAGGAUACUUGUCUACACUGCCGAUGGCCAGCAUUUCCGUACAUAUACCGGAAGAGACGAUGUCGAUAAUACCCAUGAUCUCGGCACGAGGUGCGUAGAAUGGGCUCCUCUAAAACAACGACACCAGAGUUGUGAAUACCUCGCAGUCGGAAAAUACGACGGCACAGUCGAUCUAUUGAAUACCCGUACGUUUUCAUGCUUUACCACCCUUUCUCACACCUUUCACAUUAGCGCUCAAUCGCCCAGAGUCUGGCGAGAACGCAUGUCUCCUGAGGGAAAACUCGAGUACGCCGAAGCAGCAUCGUCAUCUGCAUUUAUUGCUGCUGGAAGUGACUCCACAUCUCAGCUCCCUCGCGGUGUAUCGUCGCUGCAAUUUUCAUCUAAUGGCAACUUCCUAGCCACGACAGAGCAAGCCCGACCCAAUAUCGUAUGGAUAUGGGCAUUGAGCACACCGCCAACCCUGGAAACAGCGCUUGUGCAUGAACACAACGUUAGGAAUAUGUCGUGGAAUUCGAGGAAUUCGCAGCUGCUGAUAACUACUUCAAAUAAUACAUUGUCUGUGGUGCAUUUGUGGGCUCAAGAACGCAGCCCUGUGAUAGCUGAAAUUCCCGUUGCACGCAGCGAAACAGGCCGUUAUGAUAUUACUUGGGUGAAAUCGAGUGAUCGAAAAGAGGCGGAAUUAUUUUGGUUCAGCACGACUGAUGACGCUGUUCUUGGUCAUGUCGCGGUUGAUGCUGACCGAGGGUACGCCUCGUUCAAUGCGCUUCAUGUCGUUAGUGGGCGAGGCAAUUUUUUGUAG